AAGAAAGAACGAACUCCAGGCGGCAGAUCGGUGCCAAGCGAUGCAGUGGCAGCAAGAGUCGGAAUUAGCUGAUGCCAUGACUUCGGAGGAGUGGGAGCAACUGGGACUGAACACGUCUGAGGGCAACACCACCUCUCGGGAGUCCAGCCCGAGCCCGGACUACCUGUACGCCAUCCCCGCCGUCUACGGUCUGAUCGUCCUGAUCGGUCUGAUCGGCAACGCCACCCUGAUCAAGAUCUUCCUCACCGUCAAGUCCAUGAGGAACGUGCCCAACAUCUUCAUCACCAGCCUGGCCCUGGGAGACCUGCUGCUGCUGCUGACCUGCGCCCCGGUGGACGCCAGCAAGUACGUGGCGGACGAGUGGCUGUUCGGCCGAGUGGGCUGCAAGCUCAUCGCCUUCAUCCAGUUAACCUCGGUGGGGGUCUCGGUCUUCACCCUGACAGCGCUCAGUGCCGACAGGUACAAAGCUAUCGUCAGACCCAUGGACAUCCAAACUUCCAAUGCACUCUUGAAAAUCUGUUUAAAGGUGGCUCUCAUCUGGAUCGUGUCAAUGCUGUUGGCUGUUCCUGAUGCUGUCUAUUCAGAUCUGUACUCUUUCUAUGAACCUCAUGUUAACAAAUCAUUUGCCGCUUGUGCCCCAUACCCCCCCGAUGAUGAGCUGCACCCUAAGAUCCACUCCAUGGCAUUUUUCCUGAUUUUCUAUGUUAUUCCACUUUCUAUAAUUUCCGUUUAUUAUUUCCACAUUGCCAAGAACUUGAUCAGGAGUGCUUACAACAUUCCAGUAGAGGGCAACCAGCACAUUCGGAGACAGAUUGAAUCCAGGAAAAGGCUUGCAAAGACAGUGCUAGUGUUUGUGGGUCUUUUUGCUCUCUGCUGGCUUCCUAAUCACAUCAUCUAUCUAUACCGCUCCUACCGUUAUGCACAAGUAGACACCUCCUUAAUGCAUCGAGUAGCCAGCAUUUGUGCCAGGAUUCUUGCUUUCACCAACUCCUGUGUUAACCCUUUUGCUCUCUACCUUUUGAGCAAGACCUUCAGAAAGCAAUUCAACAACAACCUGUUCUGCUGCAAGAGCCACUUCCUCAUUCGCUCAGCCAGUAUGAGCAGGAGCACCACAACUUCACGGAUGACAUCCCUCAAAAGCACAAACCAUUCGGUGGCAAGCUUUAGCCUAGUGAAUGGCAACUUUGUUCACCAAGAAGGUUGCGUCUAACCAUACAGUGUACAUCCUGCACUAAUUUUAGCAAUCAUAAUCAGAGCAGGGGCCUUACACUUGGAGAUAGGAUGUAGAAUGGUGUGUCUGUGGGUUUGUGGCAAAGAUGGUGGCUUGAUUAUAAAGGGUGUUCGCUAUUGCAUUUGCCAACUGAGAUGAAUGCCAGAGUUGAAACAGUUUCUUCCAGCAUUCUGUGAGUAUGGAGAAACCGUCCCUCAAAAGCACAAACCAUUCGGUGGCAAGCUUUAGCCUAGUGAAUGGCAACUUUGUUCACCAAGAAGGUUGCGUCUAACCAUACAGUGUACAUCCUGCACUAAUUUUAGCAAUCAUAAUCAGAGCAGGGGUCUUACAUUGGAGAUAGGAUGUAGAAUGGUGUGUCUGUGGGUUUGUGGUAAAGAUGGUGGCUUGAUUAUAAAGGGUGUUCGCUAUUGAAUUUGCCAACAGAGAUGAAUGCCAGAGUUGAAACAGUUUCUUCCAGCAUUCUGUGAGUAUGGAGAAACCUUGAAGUAUAGUAGACCCUCCCUAUUAGCAGGAGAGCAACAGUCAUGCUGAUGGUGUCUCAAUGAUGUACCUCAUAAGCCAAGUCAUGGGAGGUGUUAAAUAAAUAUGUUACGGAGGAGUGUUAUAGAGAGAAUUUAGAUUACUUUGUUAGAGAAACAGCCAUAGGUAAUGCACUUUGCACCACAGAUCAUGUUAAAGAUAUGUUGUGACGAAUCAGUGACAUAUGCUGGAGGCAAUGGCGUAGAGGAGAGGCUUUAAAUCAGGGCAGUAAGGUGAUCUUACAAGUUAGAGUAACAAUAGGAUGUGGUUUGUGCCAGAGACCCUCCUCCAUGCUUUGAGCCUUACCAGUGUGGGAUAGCACUGAGCAGAUGAUAAGCUCUUCCCUACAGGAAAGGAAAAGAUCAAGAGUGGGCAAGUACUUAGAGCCUCAUUUAGAAUAUCAUAAAAAAAGGAGAGGGAUAACUUUAUUGUCUGAAAAAAAACUGUUGCAAAAAGGUACAGUACAUCAGAGGCUUCCACUGAAUUGGAGGUUGUGAUACAUGUGAGAGGCAUGUUAUAUCAGGGGUUAUAAAUCCCCUAUAUCUCAGUGGACAGAUGUUUGCUUACUAACGAGAAGGCCCUAGCUUUGCACAUUGGUGAUGCUGAAUUAGCCAAACAGCGCCUAAAAGCUUCAGUAAUCCUUUGUGUUACGGAAAGGAUCAAUUGGCCUGAGUGCUAUUCUGUCCUGCUGGAAAUCCAUGUAUAUGGGACUGGGUUAGAACAUGAUAAGCUCAACCAUGACAUCUUCCUGUGCCACUGCUCAAUGUUCAGGUUUCUUGUGUGAAAAAGGAGCAUUUGGGUGAGAAUCUGUCAGGUUCUAGCAGUUGAACAGGAAUGAGUUGUACCUCUAAGAAAGAAUGAGUGAUAAGAGGAAAAUUGGAGAGGAUGGUGGAAAGGGAAGAGGUUUGUAAUAUUUAUUUCAGGACUGUGGUGCAUGAGAGAUCCAUUACAUUUACUGAUGCUAUUUUAAAAUAGAAGAAUGUGUGGUAUAUUGCAUAUUGAUUUUAGUUCAUGUUAUAUCAGAGAACUUGGCAAUAUCAGAUGUUGUGAAGUUUGAGGCAGACACAUAGUGAGGCACUACUGUAUUAACCUACUUGCUUCCACAGGUUGACAAAGACAGUAAAGAGAAUAAAAUUAGUAAAGGCAGCAAUGGCUGGCUGGCCUGACUACACUUUACACAGUGGGAUGGCUUUGGUUAGGAUCUGCCACUCAGAUUUGCUGGAUUGGGACUGUUGCAUUAAUAGGAAUUGGAAUUGGAAUUGGAGAUGAUUAAAACAAAACAUAGUUGGUAAGUAAGCUGAUUUUCUAACUGAUGAAAGUAAGGUCUUACCCAAGCUGUAAGUUUAAAUAUCUAU